CAUUCGAAACUGCCGUGCCGAUUCUGCGAUUUCCAGCGCAAUUUCAACUAUAAGUCAGCCAAAAUUACAUCCAGUGUACAAAAAACAACAAUAUAACAUUCCUACCAAGGUUGAUAUCCCUACCAAGAGUUAUGCUAGUCAAAUAAAGAGGGGCUUUUCUCGAACAUCCUAUGACUUGGCCUCCUCGACGUGAAUGUCCGCCAUCUUGAAUGUCAAAGGUCAUCAGCCUACUGUACACAGUGUACACAUAGUGUUCCGGCUGGACGGACCGGCUCUCACCGUUUUUGCCUCCUGUAUCUCCCAUGACCAUGUGGUACAUCAUGGAGAACACCCAGACCUGUUACGAGCUGAACGAGAGGCUGAUCCACGUGAUCUGUGAUUGGGAGAUCUGUACCAAGGACGAUGUGGAGGACCUGAUCAACAAGGGCGCGGACAUCAACUGUGUCCACGGGACUCUGCGCCCGCUACACUGCGCCUGUAUGGUCAGUGAUGCUCGCUGUGCGGAAAUGCUCCUGGAGAGAGGAGCUGAUGUAAAUUCCAAGGAUGGCUAUGGCCGUACAGCUCUUCACUAUGCUGCUGAGAAAGACUCCAACUGUGUCUCCAUCCUCCUACAGCACGGAGCGUUCAUCAACGCACCCGACGGGAACCAAGACACACCCCUGCACUGGGCUGCCUUCCGCAACAACGCUCCGUGUCUUAAAGUCCUCCUUCAACACGGAGCUACAGUCAACUCCUUAGACUACAACAGCGACACCCCUCUCAGUUGGGCGUCUAUGAAGGGGAACCUCGAAGCCGUGGAAAUCCUCUUACAGUACGGCGCCGAAGUCCAGACCGAAAACUACAACGGGUAUUCGCCGGUGUACCGGGCUUCUCUCAUCCAGGCUCGUGGGCUGAACAACACAAACGACGACGAGAGCCUGAACUUACUGAUCCGAGCGUCGGGACAGUUUGACCUCCGGAACGACAAUGGACAGAUGCCCAAUGAAAUUGUGAGGGACAACCAGCUUUGCGACAGGCUUCUAGAGCUGUCCAACAACCCAAGGACUCUUAAGGACCUCUGCUUAUACAAGAUAAGGAAAUCUAUAGGAGAGACUUAUCUCCCGAAAGCUGUGAAGAAGUUACCACUUCCGGAGUACCUGAAGAGAUUUCUUUGUCUGAAGAAUUGAUGACACCUUCAUCUGCUAUCUUAAUGCUAGCAGACUGGGAUUUAAGCAAAAUUGUUUUAACUGUAUAUUGAUAAACCUAACACAGAUGUACUAAACAGAUGUACUAAUAUUAAUAUUGUUGUUGGGAAGAUAUGACCAAGGAGCUCCUUGAUAUGACCAAGUCUUCAAAUUCUUUGUUCCAUUAUGGGGAAUGAACUACUCCAAUAGGGUACAUAAUAUUAUGUAUGUUUUUGAAUGAAUAACCCCCCUCCCACCUUUUUCUGUUUUAGACAUGCAGUUUUGCUUGUGAGAUUUUAUUUUUAGGGCACCCCCUUUGAUUUUAUAGGUUUUAAAACUGUAGAUCCAGGGUUUGAUGAUUAUAUUUAUGACUAUAAACGUUAACUAUUGUGACUCUGAUUACUGAUGUAUAAUCUUUGCAACUGAAAGUGGUGUAACUGUAGCUGGCAAAUAUGAGAGAGCAUGACAUUCCUAUUGCAACUGUGACAACUCACUCUACUGCACAAAAUUGCACUAUAGGAAAUUGUGCCAACUCUGCAAAUCUGUGCGAUGCAUUUGCGUAUGAAGCCCAGAUGAGCCAACAAAAUGGCCGUGCCCAAUAUGGCACAUUUUCAGUUUUCAGAUUACUUUAUUUAAAAUUGCAGUGUUACCAAUAACAUCGUACAAUUGAUAAAAAUUCAUCAAGAAGGGGUUUGCAUUGAAUAAAAGCAUGUUAACAUUUUGGGCCACUUCAGGCAAAAAAUUUUGCGGGUUUGCAAGUCUGUUUUCAAUAUCUGGCGCAAUUUGGAGCAGUCAAAUUGAGAUAUCUGUUAGACGUGCAUGUCAGUGAAUAUGUCAGUUCUAUACUACAUUAUUUUGGAAUGUAUACCUUUUGCACUGACCUAAGCCCUAUAUUACUCCUAGAUAUCGCUGAAGAAAGAACAGAUGUUUGGCUAUAGUUCACUUCUGACAAGACAAGAUACAGGCCAAAAGUAUCUUUUUAAUUGGACUGAUGUCAUGCAUAUUUCUCAAAGUGCCCUGGCAGACAAAAAAGAUAACCGUUGUAUUCGGAGACUCCUAUUUGUAGUUUAAAGGUAAUGGGUAGAUUGCAGGAUGGCCAAAACAUAUUUUAAGCAAGUAACAAGGUGUGUACUCUAAGCUUAAAGGACGUCUAAUGCAACUUUCUGGAUUUUCCACAAAUCAAUGUAUGAUGUACAUUUGCACAAGCCACAUGGCAAAGUGGUCUCUUGAACAGACAUGUAUUAGCUCUUAUAUCAUUCUCAGUUACAUUUUCAAAGAAUAUGGUAAAAAAUCUGAGUCAGUUCAACCUGUUUUAAGGAUUUGGAUGCAAAAUUAUUUCAAGUUGAAUGUUGUUUUAUUUUAUAACAAAAUGUUGUGUGAUGUAAAUAUAUUCAAAGAUAUAACCAUACUAAAAGUAUUGUCUGCCUAAUAUGUUGGCAUUGUA